UUCUGGACUAACACCCAGAACAAAAACUGAAAAACCUAAAAAGUGCGUCUCUGUAUCCCUCAGGGAGAAACCAAUAUCCAGACAAUCGUUUUGUGCCCUAAGAACUCGAUUUGAUCUCAACAUGGCAAGAGAUAGCUGUUUGGCUCGUGUCACCGCAGGUGUUGCCGUCGGCGGCGCUGUCGGAGGCGCUGUCGGUGCUGUUUAUGGAACCUACGAGGCAAUUAGAUACAAGGUCCCAGGACUUAUGAAAAUAAGAUAUAUAGGGCAAACGACGCUGGGCAGUGCAGCCAUUUUCGGGCUCUUUCUCGGUGCCGGCAGCUUGAUACACUGUGGAAAAUCUUAUUGAUUUCCUUCUUUUGCUUUGUCUCACAGAGUGUUGAGUUUGUGUUCCAUAAAAAAAUCUCUGCCUGGUGGGAGAGAGAUCUCUGUUUCUAUAAAGAUAUUUACCCCUUUUUUGUCCAUAGAGAUUCUUGAAUGGAUGAACUGGAAAAUCCGAGCUUGAUUUUAACAUUUGUUUGAUGUUUGGACUUCAGUUGAAUAAAUUCCGAUCUAGAACUUGA